UGGCCGCUUCGGGAGAAGAGCCGUGAAAAGAAACAAUAAAGAAUAAUUUAUCAAGAGAUUCGGAAAGAAUGGAUUUAUUCAUUGUGGUGUAAUUUUAACAUUAAUAUUUUAUCUGUUCUAAUUGUUAUAAUAAAAAAUGAGUACAGUGAGAGAAAAAUGGAAACGAGGUUUUGCAGCACUGGCGAGAAAAGAUUCAUCUCUUUCUGUGGUAUCCCAAGGAAGCGUGAUGGAAGAAGAAACUAAUGUAGACGAGGUUGAAGCGUAUUUAAGUAAAUUGAAGAAGAAAACAGGAGUUCUUAAUCUAUGGAGUGGUGAAAAAUUUAAAGGGGUUGUGGAAGGUGAUCGAACACCUGAUAUCUCAUUAGAUUCUGACGAUGAACUGGACAUGAAGUUAAGUAUGAACGCUGAGAAUUUUCGACAACUUGCUUUGGACAGUGACGAAGACGAGAUGAGAAUUGAUUACAUGAGGGCAAUAAGGAAGAAAAAAAUCGACAAAAAUAACAAUGAAAUCAAUACAGAUAGCGACAGUGACGAUGAUGGACCACUUAAUCUUAUGCAAAAUAUCCACUUUGCUGAGUUAAAAAUAGGGGAUGUUGAAUUGAGCGACACAGAACUCAAAGUAAACAAACCAGAUGAUUUCAUACCACAAUUGUAUGCUGUUGAUGUUAAUGAUGACAAAGAUUCUGAAUCUACAAGUGAGUUGAAUUUGAGAAAAAACAUCCACUUGCUGAAUGAAAGUGUCUCCGAAAUAACAAGUGAAUCUCAGGAAAAGAACAAAGACUCAGUCAGAGCUGUGUCAAGUGAUAAUUCAAUACAUACGGAGGAGGAAGUGUCUGAAGUAUCCAAUCAAAGUAGCGAUUUAAAAUCAUCAACAGUAAGCUAUACUUCAUUAAAUUCUAAAGAAAACCCUUCAAAAGAUCGAAGUAGAACAAAGUCAAGAAGUUCCAUGGACAGUUCAAGAAGUUCCCAAACUGUAAGUACUAAAAAAGAUCGAGAUAGUAGUCGAACAUCUAAUGGUAAUUCUGAUGUGAAUACGUUGUCUUCGACAACUAGUAUUUCGAUUGACAAAUCUGAAAAGCAGUCUAAGAAAAAAAGGAAAAAACAUCGCCAUCAUAAAAGUGACAGGUCUGAUUCAAGAUCAUCAGCAAGAACGCGAAGAAAGAAUGUACAAACUCAGACAAAAUCUCAUACGACUGACAAAACUGAUUUAACGGACGAUGUUCUUAAAUUUCGAUAUUACUGGCAACAGAAAACUCCAAGUAACAUCGCAGCACAUGUAGUUGACAUGGCUGCAAUGGAAGGAUUGACAAAUUAUAAUCCCGCUGUGUUAGCUGCUAAUGACAUGUUGAAGUUUCAUUUGGAGUUGUUACAGCGACACAUAACAGAUAGUCAACGGUUGUACGACUCUUAUGCGUCUGACAGUUUGAACAGGAACUACAAAUAUACAACUUACGAAGACACUUUGAAAUAUAUCAAACAAAACAAACCGAAAGUGAUCUCAUACCAGGAAGCGUUGAAACAAAUACAAAAGGGAAAAUAAAGAAUUUUGAUAUAAAUUUCCUGAUUUCUGUAAAUGGUGGUGUUGGUUAAGGCUGGGUUUUUUUACCAUAAGGAACAAAGUUUUGCAGUGCAUAAUUUUUUUCGGAACUUAUUUUUCCGGAACUUAUUUGUGCGAAUUUAACCUAAAUUUGCAAAAAUUACUCCUAGGAAAAUUUCUAAAUUUGACAUUGUGCCAUAAUUUCUUUCGCAAAAUGUAUCAUUCCAUAUAUUUACAAAAGUUUCUUCGUGCUUCUAUUUCCUACAGGACCUAAUUCAUUCAGUUUUUGUUGUUUUUUGAAAGUACCUUUAUUUUUUAAAGGCAAAAUCUUAGGCAAAAUUGAUUUUGCUACUGCUAAAAUUACUAAAUCUUCAGGGAAACUCAAUUCAGGAAAUUUCGGUAAAAUAAAAAAUAUGUUCGCAAAAUGAAGCAUUUUGGGGCCACUCUUCUGCAAAAAUUUGUUGCGCAAUUUUUUUUUUGCUAAUAAUUCGAGGUACUCGUUUUAAUUUAUUGUUUAUAUCUAUAAAAAAGUUUUUAUAAAAUUAUAUUUUUGUUUGUAUUUUUGUAUCGAUCAAUUAAAUGUAAUCAAUAGGGAGGAUGUAUUUGUUCUCAAAUAAAUGUAAAUUAAAAAUUUAA